AUGCGGGUAAGGAGAUAUUUGGUCACUAGGUUAGGAUAUCACCGUUUGGAAAAAGAAAAUGAAAAAAAAAAGUUUUCGUCAUCUCAUCUCGAAACUCAAAUAAAUCAUCCACAAACAAAAGUCAUAGUUGAGGUUAAACGUGUAAGUCAACGUUUUCUUUCAGUCACAAGCACUAUGUCGCCACCCAAGAAGGUUAAAAAAGGUAAUGCUCGAAGAGAAAUUGUUUCAGAAGUCUUUCAGGACUCUCAGGCGAGAAAUCAAUUAGCAAGUGUUUCACAUCAAACAGAAAAAUCUGCGACAAGAAAACCGAGUAAAUUGGCGGUUCGUAAGGAACAGGCUAAGGCUAGACUGUAUGGCUCACGGAAUAAGAAAGCUCGCUCUUUCGAUGAAAAGGAACUUGAUUUACCUUCUUUGAACAGGGCAAUUGUUCCAGGUGUGAAAAUAAGAAGAGGAAAAAAGGGGAAAAAGUUCGUUGAUGACCAUGACUCCGUCGUGAUGAAUAGACUCGUCAAGACAAUAGGAGAUAAGUAUGAAGACAUUGAUGAAAGCAAGUUGGAGAAAAGUAGAAGAUUAGAGGAAAUACGAGAUUUGAAAAGACAGGAAAUUGAGCGCAAAGAUACUCAAAAGAAAGAGGUGCUGGAAGACAAAAAAGAUGAAAUCAAACGCAAAGCCUCUCUAGCGAGAAGCGUACGCAGGAAGCAGAAGCGCGAUGCGUUCAAGAUGUCAAAUGGUACAGAAUCAUCUGGGGACUCUAAAACAAAAGUAAGCAACAAAAAGACGGUUUCGUUUGCUUAA